AUGAGCCAGUCAACCCAUCAUGAAUCAACCUCAAACCAUGAGAACACUCUUGAAAACACCCCUCCUACCGCGCCCCCUCCCCCUAGAGAUGGAGACGAUGAUCCGCAGGAAGACGACCCCUUCUACGAUGAUCCGAAGGCCAUAGAGCAAGCCUGGACCGAAAACCAUAUUCUCAUUAACAAGGACAGUGACACUCCCAUCCCUCUCCCCAGCCACGGGGGCGCCGGUGGUGUGGACUCUACAAUUUCUAUGGGAAUGUCAGGAUCGUGA